AGUGAUACGCGUGAGCAGAUACUGGAGCAAAUCAAAGUGCAAGGCGAUCUCGUCCGUCAAUUGAAAACAGCGAAGGAGUCGAAGGAGAAGAACUUUAACCAGGAGUACCAGGCCACCGGUCAAGAUCGGAGUCAGCAUAGGGAUCGGGAGGAGGCGGAGGAGCAGCGCCGGGGAGCAGCGGGCGGGGCCGUCUGAAGUGGCGGUGGCCAGCAUGCCGGAGACGCUGCCCGCGACUGCGACUGCGACGGUGACGGUGACGGCGUCGAGCAUCGACUGCACCGUGGCGGUGCUCAAGGUGCCCACGCCCACCCUUCAGUUGCCGGAGGUGUGCAACCUGCAGAGCCUGGGGCUCAUCAUGGAGCCCAACAACAUCAACAUCGAGCUCAAUCCCGCCGCCCUCGUCACGCCCCCCGCCCUGGAGCCAGUGGGAUUCAAGAUGAUGACUAUGGACAUUACCAAAACCGAACCCGGUCUCGUCGGGCUUUCCUCCAACCAACAGCAGCAGCAGCAGCAGCAACAGCAGCAGCAGCAGUCGCAGCAAUCCAACGCCGGCAUGAACAGCGGUGGCCAGAACAACGGGCCCAAUCCCAAUGGCAAUGGGAAUGUGGUCAAUGUGGUCAACUCCGGCGGGGCCGGCGGUGGCGGCAACAAUGGCAACGGGAAUGUCCAGAGCAUCGCCGCUGCCGCCAACAAUAACAAUAAUAAUAACAACAACGGCAGCCAAUUGUGCGCCGGUUGCGGCAAGCACAUCCAGGAUCGCUACCUCCUCCGCGCCCUGGACAUGCUGUGGCACGAGGAUUGCCUCAAGUGCGGCUGCUGCGACUGCCGCCUGGGCGAGGUGGGCUCCACGCUCUACACCAAGGGCAACCUGAUGCUCUGCAAGCGGGACUACUUGAGAUUGUUUGGCAACACGGGCUACUGUGCCGCCUGCAGCAAGGUGAUCCCCGCCUUUGAAAUGGUGAUGCGUGCCCGCACCAAUGUGUACCACCUGGAGUGUUUCGCCUGUCAGCAGUGCAACCACAGAUUCUGCGUUGGCGACCGCUUUUACCUGUGCGAGAACAAGAUACUCUGCGAGUACGACUACGAGGAGCGACUGGUCUUCGCCUCGAUGGCCAAUCAUCCGAUGCUGAAACGCCACGUCUCCUCGCUGGGCCAAGGAUCGCCGACUGGGGCGGCUGGGGCGCAGAACACCGCCGGUGGACUGCUGGGCGGCGGACCCGGCGGCGGCGGGGUGGCCAAUGUCAAUGGCGUUGGCAUGGUCAAUGGACCGCGGACGCCGGGCGAUCACAACAACAACAACAAUGGCCCCCAGACGCCCACCGGCGGUGGAUCGCCGUUCGCCGCAGCCGCCGCCGCUGCCGCCGCCGCUGCCCACAUGAAGAAUCAGCUGGGAGCGUCCAGCUAAAAUAAAGCCCUGGGCAUGGGCGCUGCUGGUACUGUUCUGACGGGAUCUGGAAUGCCCACUGGACUAGGCGUUGGCGUUGGCGUUGGCAUUGGAGUUGGAUCGACUGCCAGUCAGCAAUUCUAUUCGGGCUUUGGACUGCAGCACCAGCAUCAACAGCAGCAGCAGCAGCAGCAUCAACAGCAACAGCAUCAACAGCAGCAACAGCAGCAGCUCAUGAGUUUGGGUAUGGGAAUGGGCAGCGGUGGAGGAGCAGGAUCCACCAGUGGAGGAGCAGGUGGAGGAGUCACAGGAGGAGGCGUUGGCAGCAUCGGCAGCGGCUGCAAGCGCUACCAAAGAAAGUUCUACAACCGCAACUGAGAGAAUCGACAACAUCGAGGAGGGGGAGAAAAAGAAAACGCUAUGGGAAAGGAUAAUGAGGAUACAGACAUCCGGAUUCGAUAUUCAAAUCUUCGUUUGCUUUGACUGAGUUCAAGUUUUAUAGUUUUAGAAAUCACUAGUUUAGUUUAGCCUACACAAAAGUACUUGCUGAAGUUGCGCAUACAUUUUUGGAUUCUAACAUUUAAGAGACAAUAUGUUUACUUAGUUCUAUUCGAGAGGUUUUUUUUUUAUUCUUGUGUUUCCACCGAGACAAUCUGUACAUAUUUUUCUUGUGAACUGUUGACUUUAUAGUGCGAUCCUUUUUUUUUUUUUAUAUAUAUAUAGAUAUAUAUAUAAACUCCACCAUAUAGAUAUAUUU